GAAAUCGUCUUAUAUUUCUGCUCGACAUCCUACUCCGCUCAAGAAAAACUAAAGUUCCAGAAUCAACAAAUUAUCCGAGUUACGAUACUCCUCGUCGUCGAUGAAGCUCGAAUGGCUUAAGGAGCGCGGAAUCAUCGAAAAAGUCGAGUCAAGAGGGAUCUCUGAAAAUACACGCACACGUCCCGUCGUAGAAGCUCAGUUGCUUGUCGUUGCCCCGCGAUAGGAUCAUGGCUCUUAAACAGUGUCUACUUUCAUCAAUAAUGAUAACGAUUUCGAUCGGUAUAUCGCCGAUCUUUGCAUGGAAUCCCGAUAUUCAUCGUUACGAGAGCUACGACCUCGAAAAAGGGCCGGUCUUCUACGAGGCUUAUUAUCCCGACACCAACGAGGAACCUCGCAGCAACUAUCAAGAAAAACGUUACUUCGAUCAGGGGGCUGUGCUAGAAAAAACCUACCAAGUACCCUCUGAACAUAUCACGUAUCCAGAAAGCAAUAUUCAGUUGGACAACUAUCAGAAUAGAGCGGAUACCUUUCUGCAAAAUGACGAUCGUUUCUCCCUCGACACAAAUACCCAACCAUUGGAUGUAAAGGAAAUUUCGAAGCUAGCCAGACGGGCAAUUUCUCGAGAUUUGGAAAAUUGGAACACUCUUGAAAGUUAUUUAGAUCGUGCCAAAUACCAGGAUCCCAUAUAUCGUCGUCGAAUCAUCGUUCCUGAACCGGGAUACAGGAUCGAGCAACAAAUUCGUGGAAUUGAGCCGAAUUUGCCGGAGUAUUUGAAACAACGCGAUUUAAGGAGAAAUGUGUAUGAAGAGGUUCGAGAAGAACCUUUGGCUUUGUCCAGUCGUAUUCAACCGAAUGGAGAUCAAAGGGAUUCGAUCAGAAGAUUGACUGCGCGUGAUCUUGGUAACAAAGAUUCUGUGGGAUCGUUCAGGUCAAUUCGAUACGACAAUCAACAGCCACAGGAACAGGGAGUGAUACAAGCUGUAAGAACAAGUCAGAUAAAUAUGCCAUCGUUAAAAGAUGCAAGUCCAUCGGAUUCGAGAUCGAUUAUAGAUCCUUAUCCAACAGAAAAUAUUUUUGCACCACGACCUCAGGUGAUUAAUUACAUUUUCUCGAGGAAACCGGAAGUGACCAUGGAAAAUAAAGUUCCGAGUUUACCCGAAACAAAGGAAACCAGUGAAUUUAUGCCUAGAAGUUAUGGAGAUAAUUUGAUUCAAGAUGAAAUAAAAAAAGAAGAAGAAGACAAGGAUGUGAAAGUGACGUCCAUUGAAGUUAGCGAAGUACCUAGACAUAAAACACGACAUCAUCAUGGGGACUGGCCGAAACGCGAUUACUCUCAUCGUCAUCAAUCUUGAAGUUUGUGGUUUUUACA